AUGUCACCAAGCCAUAAGGGUCACUUCAAGCUCCUCCAGAGGUUCAAGCCGGACUACUCGCCCAGCGAGUUUGUUCAGUAUGAGUCAACGAGGACUGGCAUGAGGGUCGUGGUCAUCGACCAGAAGGGUCCUAAGGUCACAGGAUAUUUUGUCCUAGCUACUGAGAUCCACGAUGACUCAGGAGCUCCCCACACGUUGGAGCACUUGUGCUUCAUGGGGUCGCGGAAUUACAGAUAUAAAGGAUUCCUAGACAAACUCGCAACACGAGUGUACUCUAGCACUAAUGCAUGGACUGCCACUGACCACACGGCUUACACGCUGGACACAGCGGGCUGGGAGGGUUUCGCUCAGAUCUUACCCGUGUACCUAGAGCAUGUGAUCGCCCCGACCUUGACUGAUGAAGGGUGCUAUACUGAGGUCCACCAUAUCGAUGGGGCUGGAAACGAUGCAGGCGUGGUCUACUCAGAGAUGCAAGGAGUACAAAACAACUCCGCCGAAUUGAUCGACUUGACUGCCCGUCGGUUGACUUACCCGGAAGGUGUAGGUUUCCGUUAUGAGACUGGUGGUAUGAUGGAGCAGCUUCGUGUUCUCACUGCGGAGCGUAUCCGAGCAUUCCAUCGUGAGAUGUAUCAACCAAAGAACCUGUGUCUGAUCAUCACGGGUGAGGUAGAUCAUGAGAACAUGCUGAGUGUUUUGGACAAGUUUGAAGAUACCAUUCUAGAUGUCAUCCCUAGCCCAGAUGCGCCGUUCACCCGCCCUUGGGUGGAUUCUAAGCAGGCACCUCCGUUGGAGAAGUCCACCGUACAGAGGGUUGAAUUUCCGGAAGAAGACGAGUCUUUUGGAGAGAUUGAGAUCAGGUUUCUUGGUCCUGAUUGCAUAGACCCCGUUAACACUGGGGCUGUCAACGUUGCCCUGUUGUAUCUGGCUGGAUCGUCUGCUUCGCUGCUAGACAACAUUUUGGUGGAGAAGGAGCAGCUCGCCAGCGCAGUCUAUUAUGCCACCGAGGACCACCCCAGUAUCGAAAUCCGUUUCACUUUGACUAGUGUUGAAACGAAGAAGAUUGCUAGGGUGGAGCAGCGUUUCUUCGAGGUUCUCAAGGAUGCAAUGGAGAAAGAACUUGAUAUGAAAUAUCUUAGGGAAUGCAUCGACCGACAACGGCGGACUUGGAAGUUUUCGACAGAGACGUCAGCUUCCUCCUUCGCUGAGUAUGUGAUCUCUGACUUCCUCUUUGGAAAACGGGACGGGUCCACCAUGCUCGAUGUCGCGAGCCUGAAGGAGUACGACGUGCUGGAGAAGUGGAGCGAGGAAGAUUGGCGCAGCUUCAUCAAGAGAUGGAUUUCUGACGCCAAUCACGUCACAAUCUUGGGUGUUCCAUCCUUGAAGAUGUCUGACACUCUCAAAAAGGAGGAAGAAGCCCGGGUUGCGGAGCAGAAGAAACGGCUGGGUGAGGAUGGUUUGAAGAAGCUCGCAGACAAGCUUGAAAAAGCCAAGGCCGAGAACGACAAAGAGAUCCCUAAAGAAAUGUUGGAGAGGUUCCAGAUUCCUGGCGUCGAAUCUAUCCAUUUCGUCGAAACGACAACUGCGCGGUCGGGCACUGCUCUGAAACUGGGUCGUCCCGAAAACAAGCCUCAGAGCCUAGUGGAUGCUGAUGGCUCAGACCUGCCUUUGUUCAUACACUUUGAGCACAUCCCAAGCAGCUUCGUUCAACUCUCUCUCCUUAUCUCCGCCGCAGCCGUUCCAGUGCAACUUCGCCCUCUACUAUCUGUGUACACGGAAGCGUUCUUCAACCUGCCGAUCCAGCGUGAUGGCAAGACCAUCGACUUUGAACAGGUCGUUGUUGAAUUGGAAAGAGAUACGGUUGGUUACUCUAUGGAAGGCGCCCGAAGCCUGGGAACUUCCGAAAUGCUGCGGAUCUCCUUCCAGGUGGAGCUGGAGAAGUACAGCACCGCAAUCGCAUGGCUUCAGGAGCUUUCUUGGAACUCGAUUUUCGACGUUGAGAGACUGCGCGCUAUUACUAAACGCCUUCUCUCUGACGUCCCAGACUCCAAGCGAAGCGGCGACGACAUGCUGGCGGCAGUGCAUGUCAUGGUUCACUACGCGCCCGAAUCUAUCGUGCGUGCCCGCAGCACUUUGGUCAAGGCCCGCUAUCUGAAGCGGAUCAAGAAGCAAUUGGCUGACGAGCCGGAAACCGUCGUUGCACGCAUGGAGGAGAUUCGCCAAGCUCUCUUCCGGUUCGAGAACAUGCGGGUUGUGGUUAUUGCAGAUCUCGAAAAAUUGCAGAACCCGGUCUCGGCUUGGAAGCCGUAUGCUGAACGGCUGGGAGCGGUUGCCCCCCUUCGACCCAUCACAGCCAGACGUCCCUUGCUCAGUGAGGCUGGUCAGCACCUCGGCGGCAAGUCGUAUGUGGUGCCUAUGCCGACCAUCGAUUCCUCCUUUGCCUACGCCACUGCGCGAGGCUUGGACACCUACGACGACCCGAACCUGCCUGCCCUGCUGGUCGCGAUUGCGUACAUGAACGCCGUCGAAGGUCCUCUCUGGGUUGCCGUCCGUGGCAAGGGUCUGGCCUACGGCACGAAUUUCGCCUACAACAUCGACACCGGAUUCGUCAACUUCGAUGUGUACCGGUCGCCCAACGCCCACAAGGCCUUCGACUCCAGCAAGCAGAUUGUCGAAGACCACCUUUCUGGUGCCAUUGCGUUCGAUCCCUUGAUGAUGGAGGGUGCGAUCAGCAGCAUCGUGGUGAGCUUCGCCAACGAACAGGCCACCAUUGCCAACGCCGCUUCAGACAGCUUCAUUCGCCAGGUGGUCCGUCGCCUGCCCAGUGACUACAAGGAGAACAUGCUCAAGCAGGUGCGCGCCAUUACCGUUGAGGAGGUCAAGGGUGCUCUGAGAAAGAUCAUCCUGCCCUUGUUCAACCCUACGACGGCCAACAUCGUCAUCACGUGCGCUACUGUAAUGGAGGAAACAAUCAAAGAAGGCCUACAAGCCUCCGGCUUCACACCCAAGGUACAGGCCCUCAAGGAGUUCGAGGACGACUACGGACUCAAGACCGGUGAUGACAACGAUGACGAGGAGGAGGGAGAGGACGACGAGGAUUCCGACGAUGAUGAUGAUGACGACUCGGAAUCCGGCUCCGAAGACGAGAGCUCCGAUGAGGAAGAAUCCGGCUACGAGGAUGACGAUGAAGAGUGA